AUGGUUCUAUUAGGUAUAAAGAAGUACUCAUCGUCCAGUGACAAUUCACCGGUUGAGAAUCCUGUGGCUCCGAUAGCCGCGCACGUUCGUUUCCAAUCCUGGAACUUACGUAACGAUGCCAUCUCGAACGAUGAGACGAUAAACGAUACGAUUUCCAAUUUAAAUUCAACCAUUCCUUACGAUACCGAUGUUAGGUGGUACUCGCAAUAUAAAGAGGUUGCAUGGUCAACGAGACGGAUUGGGGUUGCAAACGAGGUUUCUUUCAAUCGUCCCGACUUGUUCACAGUCAAUGAAGCACUUUCCAGACAGGUGGAAGAUUUGACACAGUUGUUAAGUCCGAUGAAGUACGUUGGAGUUGGCCGAGAUGAUGGCGAUAGAGCGGGCGAGUUCCAAGCAAUCUUCUAUGAUCCUUAUCGGGUGGAACUACUAAACUGGGACACCUUCUGGAUGAGCCAAACUCCAUUCAAGCCCAGUAAAUUUCCUGGCGCAGGAUCAACCAGGUCUGCCACUGUAGGCCAUUUCCGGAAUAUUCGAACGGGGUUCGACUUUGUGUUGAUCAACCUUCACUUGGAUGACCAAUCGGAUGAUCAGCGGCGACUAGGUGCUGCUAUGGCUAGACUUAGAGGUGCCCACGAAUUUGAAAAGCACGGAUGUCCUGUCUUUUUGGUUGGAGACUUCAACUCUCAAAGCCAAGGAGGCAGCUCAGGUGCUUACAGCAUUCUUACUGGUGUAGAAAAGUUCAACGAGUCCCUAAUUGAUCAUACUUUCCUAAAACGGUAUGGUUUGUCAAGGUAUUCUGAGACCUUUGCUUUCGACGAUCUGCUAAAAAGCUGUAAACCAGAGAGAAGAACAGGUAAUUUGGCAACAUUCACCAACUUCCUUCAAACUACUGACGGUUAUUCAAGAAUUGACUUCCAAUUUGGUGGAAAUCCUCAUAUUAAAGCAAUAGAUAAGAUGUGGCAGGUAGAAAGAUACAGAGUAGGAGAAAACUGGUUCGACAAUUCAUACUUUCUGUCCGACCAUAGGCCGGUGGUAUCAGACGUCAUGGUAUGGAACUAA